AUGCCAGCUGAAACGGAAUUCUACACACCCCUUGGCCUGGUGCCACAAACCACAACGGCAGACUGCAUGAUCUGUCAAGACCCAGCAGUUGACCCCGUGACGACCACUGGAUGCGAGUGUCGGGUAACGUACUGUCGAGAUUGUUUCAUGACCUGGCUCGAAACGGGGGCAAAUAAAUGCCCCACUUGCCCGGCACAUUGGAAUAAUCUGGAACUAUUUCUCGAUGCUGUUGACCGCGAUGACAUCUACGAUUCUGACUCCUCCGACGAUGACUUACCCAUCGUUCACCUACGCAACAACAAUGCUGGUCUUCCCUACGAUGAUGACUCUGACUUCUCCGACGAUACCUUCCUCCUCGCUAGCCCUCUCAACGACAACUUCGGCAACGCCGGCAUUGACCACGAAUUUGGCUCCUUGAACAGGAACCGUGGCAACCUUGGCUUUAUCCGCGAUGACUCUGACAACCAAAGUGUAGACUCUGCGUGGAGUGUCGACGAUGAUGAGAACGUACCAACCCAACCUCCCUUCUUCGGCGUCAACGUCACAAUUGAGGAUCACCGCGAGGGACAUGAACCAAUCUAUCUCCUUCGCCACAGGUCAGCAGAUCUGGUGAAAGUUAGCCCUCGCUCGACCGCCUUCUUCAAGUUAGGACACCUAGACGUUGAAGAUGAAAUUGGCAGAUUCCGCCGAACCUCCCUCGACCGCGACAUGCCUAUUGAGACGGAUGCGCCAAGACGGGCAUACGUCAAAGCAUGGCUGCUAAUCGACCACCUUCUAGUCAGCGCCAACAAGUUCUACCGAGAGCGACUCCCAGCCGCCCUGCAAAACUCGCAAGCGACUGAGAAGGACUUCAUCGCAAUGGUGUGCAUGCUCGGCAUUACGAUCACUAAGGAGCUCGAUCGCACGACUGCGACUUACGAGAGACUUCGUGACAAUCUGCUCAAGGGCUGCUUCGAGCGUAUGGCCGAGGUUUCCGACGCGUUCUUGGAUAUACAAGCCGCACACCAGGAGAAUCGCGAGAUGGUGUUUGACCCGAUUCAGCGCUACCUGCAAGACCUCGCCGAGGAUUUGGCGCAUCAGGGAGAGCGCGUGUACGAGCGAGUCUUCCACGGCGACAUAAACUGGUAA